AUUCUCAACCAGCUACCUGGGGUGGCAGAAGACAUGGUCAAACAACAGAUGUUCUUCAAGUACCAUGACAGGCUGCGCCAUCGAUUGGAUGACAUCCUGAAGAAACGCCGUAAGCUGCUCAUCUCGGACCGUCGAGCGGCAUGGUUGAACG